CAAACUUUUGACCUGGUUCCACUCUCAAUAAUUCGACCAGUUACUCGUUGCUUCUCAUCGAUCGACGUUAAAAUGGUUGUAACAACACUGGCUUUAUUCUGUGUGCUUUUUGGGAACGUUAUUGCGUCCGAUAACAUCAACUGUGCGACUAUUACGGAAUACCCUUAUCACGUCUCUAUUGAGAAAUACGGGGUACACGUGUGUAGCGGAGCAUUGGUGCACGAAUCAUGGGUAAUAACCGCGGCGUCCUGCGUUUUUCGCUCGGAACCGUCCACGGUGACUGUGCGGGCACGCACGUCCACGCUUUCUGUCGGAGGAGAUGAAUUGGAAGUGGCCAGCAUUGUCGUGCACGAAGAUUUUGAUAAAUUCAUACUACUGAAUGACAUCGCGCUUAUUAAGCUGAAACUUCCCGUACAAUUCGGUGAAAAAUUGUUGCCGAUAGGACUUCCGGAGAAGGAAGACUACAUGCCCGAUGAUGGAACGAUGUGUUUCGUGACAGGCUGGAAAUACACUUUGGCGGGUCCGAUGGAUUCUCAGCUCACGGUGACAGCUGUGCCGCUCGUGAAUCAGAGUGUUUGCAGCGCGACGAUGCCCUGUUACGAACCGGUGUUCCAGAAGAUGCUUUGCGCUGGCAACAUGACCCACGGAGUGGAGACGUGUCAGGAUGAUCCAGGUGCUCCGCUGAUGGAAGGGCAGACACUGAUUGGCGUUCUAUCCUAUGGAUUAGGGUGUAAAACUAUGAUACAUCCGGGAGUGUACACUCGUGUCAGCAGUUACCUACCGUGGAUCUCUGCAAAUUCCGGCGUCUACGAUGUACGAGAUUGAUACCCGCCAAACUACAAACGUCAAUGUUGCGAACGUUUGUCAGGGACGAGCGGCGAGCUAAAGCCUGCCCGCGUUUUAAAGGAAAUGGGAGGACUGGCCGAGGUUUUCCGCUCGUUUGUAUUUGGCGGCAAUGUCACAAAGCGUAGUCAAACUUUAUAAAUUCAU